UCGAAACUAAGCUAACCUAAUCCAACCUGAGCGAAGAGUACGAUCAUUUAAUGAUAAACAGACAAUUCUAAACGAUUUAUACAUUGAAAAAUAAUUACAAAAUAACAAUAAUGUCAGAGGGAAUUUUGUUGAAAGGCUUAAGCCUUGAGAAAGAGGAAAAAGAUCCUACGACAUUGUCAAAGUUAUUUGACAAUGCUUUUGAACUGUACAACAAUAUUAAUAAUACGCAGGAGCCAACAAACAGUACAAAAGUACAGGCAGACGUCAGGCGAACAAUGCGUAUGUUUGAAGAUGCAACAAAACUGGUGUCUAUGGUGGACAUGUUCAGCGACAAUGAGUCUUUCGAGGAAGUAGCUACGGAGAAUGUCAAAUAUUUUUUACUACCAGCUCUACUUGGAAAGCUUACCACAAAAAUGUGUGGCGUCGACGACAGAUUGCAUCUCGUUAAAGUAGCAGAAAUAUAUUUUGUAGAUUUUUUAAAACGACUGAAAACAUACGGUUUGACAGAUGUAGAAGUACCAGAGAUUAAUUCAACAGAUGAUGAAAAGCAAGAUGCGGGAGAUAGUCAAAACAAAUCGCAAAAAGAACCACCGAAGAUGUUAGAGGAUAUGGUACUUCGUAGAAAUGCAAAGUUACAAAGAUACAGGCAAGAGAAAGAUUUGGAGUCUCGUUUGGAUAUCUUGAAGAAAAAUUUGGACAAUCCAAAUAUUGACGAUGAAACCAAGAGGGAAUAUUUUGUUACUCUUUUAAAAUUAUAUGCAGUUCAAAUAAUUGAGGAGUUAAAUUUAUUGGAUACUGAGAAAACACUCUUGGAAAAUAUGAAGAAAAUGGGACCAAUGCACACUUUGGCUUCCGAAUCACAGAAGAGUCAGAAACAUAAACCUGCUCCAAAAUUACAACCCAUUAUUAUUACACGUGAUGAAAUACAGAAGAAGGUUUUUGGAGCGGGCUAUCCCAGUUUACCAGUCUUAACAGUUGAUGAAUUCUAUGAACAAAGGGUUAAAGAUGGAGACUGGCCUGAUCCAUCACAGCGUAAUAUGGUAAAUUCUCGAUGUCUGCAAGAUGUAGCGAAUAAUAGCACAAGCGCAAACGAUGAGGACAACGAAGCCGUUUUGAAGGAAAAAAUGGAAGAAAAAGACGAUUCCGAGUAUCUCGAACGAGCCCGCGCGAUGGACGAAUACAAAGACACGCAUCGUCGCGGAUGGGGCAAUCGUGCUAAUAGAAGUUAAAUGUCAAGAGAUACACCGAAGAUUUUUGUGCGCGUUACAGAAUUCUGUAUCAUGGUAUGUUUUUUUACGUUUUUGUUUAUCUGAUAUUGAAGUUACGACGAAUUGUAAUGUGUCGAAUCAUAUUUUAAUCAGAUUUAGGCAAAACUGCAGGUCCAUCUUAAAAUAUUUAAAUUAUAUCUUGCAUUAUGGGAGGGAAGGAGGCGGUAAUUUUUUAAACAAAUUACAAACGUAUAUACACGUAUAUCUAUUUAUAUUUUAUCGAUUAAUAAAUCGUAUAUACUUUUGCAAACGAACCAUAAUGCAGUAUCUCCGUGAAACCUAUAAUUAAGGUAGUUUUAGUCGGUAACUCUCUCUCCUUGUGCAGAAUUGCAUUGUAUACUUAUGCGUGUACUAUAAAAUAUAUAAAGUUCUGCAGAAUGCGAAAGAGGGUAAACAGGUUCUUUUUAUUCGAACACGCUAUUGUUGCUUUAAAAGAGGCAUUAAAAGAGAGACAUA